CUCAAAAAGGAAACCUUCGCUCUGACAAAAACACGCUGCUGGACUUUGUUUUGCUUCUUUUCAACGCGGAUUGUUCGGGACCACUUUGAGGAUUUAUUUGGGGCCUCCCUCACUUCUUGGAAACUACUUUACUCGGACUCGCCAGUGGAUUUUGUUGUUGUCGUUGGUUUUUUUUUGUUUUUUUGGGGUUUUUUUUUCAUUUCAAGAUUGAUUUCGACUGUUGUUCUGCGAGCCGGCCGUCAUGUGUCACCACUGACAUGCGCAGGGCCCAUGGAACCGCAGUGAGCACACAGGCCAGCCCAGGACGCCCGCGGCCGGAGCCGGAGCCGCAGUCGAACGACAGCCGCACGGAGGAGUCGGGCUCCGGAGCAGCCCGAGGAGGGGGCGCCCAGCGCUCGCCUCCCCGCCGCCGCCGCCGCCGCCGGAGCAGCAGCGGCGACAGCAGCAGCAGCAGCAGCGUCGUCACCCCCCUCCUCUCCCUGGAGCGCCGCGGCGUCUUCGAAACCAGAACCGUCUUCCACUUCCCGUACCGGCGCUCGUCCAGCGGCUACUUCUCCGGCGAGGGCGACUCGCAGCCGGGCUCGCCUGCGCCGCCGCGCGCCGUCGCCUGCACGCAGACGCCCAGCCCGUCCGCCCAGGCGCUGCUGCACGCAUUGGGGCGCGUGGCCGAGGAGGCGCGUGACCGGGGAGCGCGCACGCUGCACGGAAGUUCUGCCGGAGCCGGAGACGUAGCCGAGGCCAUGCAGGCCGUGGAGAUCGGACAGGUGCUUCGACGCAUCGGCGACGAUUACAAUGACUACAUACUGAGGGGAGCCGAGCGCAGACGGGCGGCCGAGCGUCGCAACCAGCCGCCGCUGCCGCGCGUCCCCCAGGAUCCCGCCUUCCUGAUCUGCGUGGGCGUCCUGUUCGUGGUCCUCGUGUGGUACUUCGGCGCCGACCCCGACGGCCAGCCGGACCGCCCUCAGGGAAUUGUGCCGCUUAAAACACUCUGAUGGGGGACACUUUAAGGAACUCUAAAAAUGUCCGGAUCUCUGCUUUUUUUCUGAGCCUUUGCCGUGAAACCAAAGAGUUGGGAAUUUGCACUCCCAUCCGGAACACAAUCGAGGCCCCCUCCCCGGAAGAUGAUGGAUGCCUUUGGAAAUCCAAGUGUGCCUUGUACAUUCUCCUGUCAGUUCCUUCCCGUUUACUUGUGUGAGUUUUUUUCAUUGUCGUUGUACAGAAAUGUAACCGAGUCAACUCUGCGGACCCGGCCGGGGGUGUUAAAUGACGUGCGGGUCGAAUGAAUUCCCAAGACCAAAGGGAUCUUUUAAACGCCUUGUUGCAAUCGCCGCGGUUUCUACGCCGUUCCUCCUCGGCUGAUGUCCGUUUUCCCCCACCUUUGAAAUGAUCCAGAUGAUAAUCUGUGUUGAACUAUUGGUAUUGUUUUUUUUUACUUCUAGGAACAGCCUUUCACAUGGUUUGUUUGUUUGUUUGGUUUUUGAAAGUUGCCUUCCCCCUUGACGCCAACAUGCCAAGCGUGUUGGUGCCACCCCAUCAAGAAAGUCUGACAAAGUCUGACACUGCAGCUUUGCUGAAACCUUUUGGAUCCCGUACCCCGGCUGAAAGGCUUCUCCGUCAAAUCCAUCCGCCCAUUUUCUUCCUUUAAUCCGAGGUUGGGUCGGGGGGUGGCGGUGGCAGUCGCUUUAGCAGCAAAGCCCAAACUUCCCUCUCCGGCUCUUCCGAGGAACGCCGAGAGACGGGGUCUCCCCGGCCUGUCCCGGAGCUCCCAUGGGGUUUCCUCCCGGCGGGGGACGCUUCCAGCACCCUCCCAAAAAAAAACUUCUGAAAUGCUUUUAGUGCAUCAUUUUCUACAUUUCUCAAGCCAUGACCAAAUCAGUCCUGUAACAGCCUUUAAAAAAAAAAAAAAAAAAAGUUUUAAAGCAAUUAGCACAGGCUUUCCCAAACAUUUGAACUGUCAAAUGUCAGUACAAGCGGUCGAAAAGUUCGUCACAAUACCAGCACGUCAAUAAAGUUGGUGCACCCCCUACACCCUUGGAAAAAAAAAAAAAAAACAGAAUCGCCGUUCUACGCUGAACAAAGCAGGUCUUCCUUGGUGUGUCAUUCUGAACUUCCCAAUAAAGGAUCUCAGCUCCUUUGCAAAACUCUAUCACAUCUCUGUGGGACGCCACGAGAACUGAAUCAACAGACUACUUUUUGUUCCCGUUGGAGUCUGAGAGUGCUUUCUAGGACGCCACUUUCCUUCUCCGUUCUCGGUUUCAGCCUGUGGAUGUAGCGUAUCAUCAUCAUCAUCAUCAUCAUCCGUUUGAAAUCCGUCUCUAUUUAUUAGCGCGGCGGUUCACAGGUCUGCGCUUGCCCGCCGGCCGUUUAGGCGCUCCCAGAAGCACCAAAUGAAUGGUUAGCUAACACGCCUGCUAGCACGCUACACAUACUGUACUUAGCUAAACAGUCGUAGUGAGAGUUCUUCUCAGAUGCGCUUAACACAUUUAAACGUAGCAAAACACACUUAGACCCACCGAAGAAGCACUUUUGAAAGUAUUCCUUCGCACCUGUUCUCACUCUCCUGCUGUCAUGAUAAAAAGUCUAGCAUCAAUUUGCGGAAAUGAAAAGAAGACCCGCUCACAAAGUUGUCCAAAUAACUUGUUUGUCCCUCCUGAUUGAAGUUUACCGCGUAACCGAUGCCGUUAUCAGUCGUGCGUACGAAGCAAAAGAGAAUUAAAUUAGCCAGCCAACGAAAAGGUCGCCGAUUUAAAGCGAUCGUAUCACGGGAAACGCCAUGGACGGGUUAACGGAAUAGACACCUCCCUCGGUAAUGGUAAACCUUCCAACAUUUGUUGUUUUAACACACGGAGCAGCGACAUACAAGCAGAGCGUACGGCAAAACUCCCGUUAAUGAAGAGUUUUCUAAAUAGCCAAUCUUAAAAAUACUCCAUACAUUCCAGCGUCAUGUCAAACCAAACAUACCUGCCAUUUUCUCUUCCGUAAAUCCCAUUUUUUGGGAGGGGUGGGACUUUACUCUAAUCAUUUGAACGAUCGAAAAGAUGAUAAUGAACCCUAAUAAUCCUUAGUCAUGGUUUCAUAAGGGUUUGAUCGCUACCCCCUCCCGUUCGGGUUUUUCAAACUCAGCUGAGUGUGUUUGUGCGGCGUCCGUGGGGGAUGUUUGCACAGUUGUGUCAACACGCUCCGCAUCACACAUGAGGAGACUUUCACCACCGUCCCUGAACUCCCCGCCGUUAUUUCACGAUGUCGAGACCGGCUACAAGCGUUCGCGGGGACGAACGCGUGUGGGGUGAAAUGUUUCAUGUAGCCUGGAGGUAUCGAAAACUUUUCUUCUCUUGGCUGACAUUUAUUUUGGACCAAGAGCCACGUCGCGCACUGCCCUUUGUGGAACAUCACGGUACCAACCAUCGAUUCUACGCAAUCAACAGAAUACUUCAGGGCGAAUAAAGCGAUUGUUCUGCCAAACGUCCUCGGUCCAGAGUCGUGCGCGAUUCAGUGAGAAAAGUUCACACACUGACCUUCCGUUUGGAGCCAUACGAAAAUCGACAUCAUUUGCAUAACUUUCUAGCGACAAAUUCAUUCUUAAGGCUUCUUAAUGAUGGAUUAAAUGAUUGUUAUUUCUGUCCAGAAUGGUGCGUUUUUCCAUGAGAAAUCCCUGUUUAACGGAAUUCAUAUUAAAAAACGCAAAACGUAUUUUCCAGGCUACGAGCAAACAAUCGACAGAAUUCUUAACGAUGAAUUGUUCUCCCUAAGUCACAUGACCUCAGUCCAGAGUCAUUCAUUGGUCAGUGACAAAACAUUCGUCGGCAUGAUUGGAAAACCUUUCAAAUGAAUAGCAAACGAUGACCACAAUUCUUAAUCGUCAAUAAAGUGAUUGUUAUGCGUCUCCCUCGUCAAUUCGCUCGCACGUUUUUAACAAAAUGCUAACCAAAUUCGUUUUGUUUCUUUUCAUCAAAAAGACCACCUAAAAAAAUGCAUUUUAGUAUGCAACACCCCCCCCCAGGCAGGCCGCCCUAAAGGAAAACAGCAACAGCGCAUAAACUUUGACUCUUUCCCGACUUCACAACCAACCGAGCAACUCAAAACUACGGCAGGAAGCAAAAAAAGCGCGUUUUGUGCGACUUUCAGGGUUUUGCUUUCAAAGUCAACGGCUGGGACAUUUCUUCAAAUGGGACUUUCAUAUGGGAAGGGGUGACUCGGAAUGACCCAGUAAGACUGUAGCAGCAGCAGCACGUGUCUUCUUAUUAAUAUUAUUAAUAGGCCUGUUUAUACUGUUAUGACACACUGAAGUUGUUGUAAUUUUACUGUCUGUCUCUUUCAACCUGUAAAUAAAACUUUUUUUUUUCCAUCUUUCUACAUGAACUCUUCAGCGUGGCUUGUUUGACAAACACACAAAAUUGGACAUUCAUUUUC